AUGAGGGAUUGUCUCCUGUGGAACUUCGCCAAAGUGAUUCUGUUCUGGACAUUAGUUGAUGCUCAGGCAGGUGAAGAUGGUGAGAUUACAGCUGAAGAACAGGUGCAGAUGCUGCUGGAUGCGAAGCUGCAGUGUCUUCAGAAGGUUUCCACAGAUGACCCUGCAGUUGGUGUGUGUGUCCCAGAGUGGGAUGGUCUGAUAUGUUGGCUGCAAGGCUUCCCUGGAACUCUGACCAAGACCCCCUGUCCCAGAUAUAUCUAUGACUUCAACCAUGCAGGACAUGCUUACAGGAGGUGUGACUCUAAUGGAUCCUGGGUGCUUGCAGAGAGCUCAAACAAGACCUGGGUCAACUACACUGAAUGCAUCAAAUCCCCAGAACCCAACAAAAAGAGACAGGUCUUUUUUGAACGGCUGCACAUCAUGUACACAGUAGGCUAUGCAGUUUCCUUCAGCUCUCUUCUAGUGGCCAUCUUUAUUAUUGGAUACUUCAGGCGUCUCCACUGCACCAGGAACUACAUUCACAUGCACCUGUUUGUUUCCUUCAUGCUGCGUGCUGUCAGCAUCUUUGUGAAGGAUCACGUGGUACAUACUAGUGCCAGGCUGCAGGAAUUUGAUGCUGUGCUUAUGAAUAACUUCACUAAUGCUGUGGAUGUGGCACCAGUGGACACCUCACAGUAUAUGGGUUGUAAAGUGACCGUCUUGCUGUUUAUCUAUUUCCUGGCUACAAACUACUACUGGAUCCUGGUAGAGGGCUUGUACCUGCACAGUCUCAUCUUCAUGGCCUUCUUGUCUGAUUCAAAGUACCUGUGGGGCUUCACUUUGAUCGGGUGGGGUGUUCCCGCUCUUUUUGUUGCAGCAUGGGCAGUUGUCAGGGCAACGCUGGCAGAUGCAAGGUGCUGGGAGCUGAGUGCAGGAAACAUCAAAUGGAUCUACCAGGUUCCCAUUCUGACAGCCAUUGGGCUGAACUUCCUCCUGUUUGUGAAUAUCGUGCGGGUUCUUGCCACCAAGAUCCGUGAGACUAACGCAGGCAGAUACGACACACGGAAACAGUACAGGAAGCUUGCCAAAUCUACACUUGUGUUGGUGUUUGUAUUUGGAGUGCACUACAUUGUGUUUGUUGGAAUGCCACACACAUUCGCAGGUCUUGGCUGGGAGGUGCGGAUGUAUUGUGAGCUGUUCUUCAAUUCUUUCCAGGGCUUCUUUGUGUCUAUCAUCUACUGCUACUGUAAUGGAGAGGUCCAGACUGAGAUCAAGAAAACAUGGACACGGUGGAACCUAGCAUUUGAUUGGAAGGGCCCGGUGGUGUGUGGGAGCUACCGCUACGGCUCUGUGUUGACGGGCCUUAACAACAGCACCAGCAGUCAGUCCCAGCUUGCUACCGGUGGCCCUGGCACCCGUUCCACCACGCUCUUCUCCAGCCGAGUCUACCGCAGCAGCGGGGGGCCAACCAUUAGUGCCCAUGCCUCCUUGCCAGGCUAUGUGCUCAAUUCAGAUGCUGACAGCUUGCCACCAUCCAUACCUGAGGAGCCAGAGGACAGUACAAAGCAGGUCGAUGACAUCCUGCUGAAGGAGUCCCUGCCCACGAGGCCCAGCAGUGGCCUGGAGGAUGACGAGGAAACUCUGUAGAUAAUGGUGCGAUGAUAUACAGACAAAUUGGGUAUAAUAGCACAUUGGGCAUUGGUUAAAGAGCAAAAAUGACAGUUUGUGACCUGCAGCACACACUGCUUUGGGUGGCAACAGCACCUCAGCAACGAGCACUUCCUGUUCAAGCUGUGACACAUAGUUUUGUUUUUGACACAUUGCCAUACGCAGACAGAUUGAUAUGUUCAUGGCAAGAUAUCUCCACUCAUCACUUUAACAAGAAGUAUUCACAGCUAUGGAAAUGCUGAUGAAUAAAGUUUCUUGUUGCUUCAUGCAGUUCUUAAACUGCCAUCUGGACAAUGUGAAUACUUGAGUUUUUUAUUUUCAA